AUGCAGUACGUUGGCAAAGUCGGUGGCUACGUCUACAACCAGUGGAACUCGUUGAACCCUGCCACGCUCUCCGGAGCAAUUGACAUCAUCGUCAUCGAGCAGCCAGACGGAUCGCUCCACUGCUCGCCAUGGCAUAUUCGGUUUGGCAAGUUCCAGAUCUUCAAGCCGUCCCAGAAGAAAAUCGAUCUCUACGUCAACGACAUCAAGACUGACUUGCCCAUGAAGUUGGGUGAGGGUGGUGAGGCGUUUUUUGUGUUUGAAACUGACAACAUCAACGACCUCUCGCUGUCAGUCUUGACGUCGCCAGUGAUCUCCCCCGUCACUUCAGCAGCCAGCUCGCCUGACGGCUCGCCCAGAGCUACUCCUGGCCCUGGAGACGACGUCGCCAAGGAGCCAGAGCUUUUGGACUUGAACGCAGACGUGGAGAGCAGGAUCAACUUGAGUCCAACUGGCACUGGCGACAGCAUCAAGGGUGAGUCUCCCGUGCCGUUGCACACUCAGAGGCUUGCGUUCGAGAAGGCACGCAAGAUCACUCAGAAACUUAAUAUCCCCUCGAAAAUCGACAUCAACGGAGACAUGGUCCUCGACAUGGACGGUUACAAGCCCAAUGCGCAGAAGAACAUCGACACCUCGGACGAAUUCUUCAAGAAGAUCUUCUUCAAGGAGAUACAGGCUAAGGACGAAAAUGGCAAUGUCAGGAUCUUGAAUAAAGACCCCGCCAACUUCUCGAUAAAUGGCACCGAAUUGAGCCUCGUUGACGACUUGUCGAGCACAGAAGGCUUGCAGAGCCUCGAAGAUGUGGCCAACAACAUAGAGAACGUGGCCAAGAACGAAUAUGAAUCAGCAGAAAAUGCCAGCAAUAAAACCUACUUCAAAACUUUGAGAUUAACCUCAGAACAACUACAAAAAAUGAACUUGAAGUACGGUGAAAACUCCCUUAAAUUCAAGUCCAGCGAAGGAACCUCGCAAGUGUUGUCGAACUUAUAUUUGUGGAAGUCCCACACCCCCAUAGUUAUCUCUGAUAUUGAUGGUACUAUCACCAAAUCGGAUGCCUUGGGCCAUGUCCUCAAUUUGAUCGGAAGAGAUUGGACUCACCCAGGGGUGGCCACCUUGUUCCAAGAUAUCCACGCCAAUGGUUACAAUAUCAUCUACUUAACAGCAAGGUCAGUAGGUCAAGCAGAUACCACGAGACAAUAUUUGAAGGGAAUUGCACAAGAUAGAGGCACUAGACUCCCCAAAGGACCAGUUAUAUUAAGUCCUGAUAGAACUAUGGCAGCCUUGAAAAGAGAAAUCGUGUUAAAGAAGCCCGAAGUGUUCAAAAUGGCCUGUUUGAAUGACAUUAAAAGUUUGUAUUUCAAAAGUUUGCCAGACUCGAAAGAAGAUGACGACCGUACACCAUUCUACGCUGGUUUCGGUAAUAGAAUCACUGAUGCUAUCAGUUAUAGAUCUGUCAAAAUCCCCAGCCAUCGUAUCUUCACUAUCAACCCUAACGGAGAAGUCCAUAUGGAAUUAUUGGAGUUGGCGGGUUACAAGUCUUCCUAUUUACACAUUGGUGAAUUGGUAGACCACUUCUUUCCACCCAUUAAGGAAGUCUCUACUCUCAACACCUACUGGAAUAAUAAUCAAUCUUAUGCUGGAUCCCCUAGGUUGGGUCAAUCAAGUAUGUUUGAGGACGUAAAGAUCGAUGAGAAAUACAAUGAUGUGAAUUACUGGAGAGAACCUAUUAACUUCAGUGACUUGAGUGAUGAAGAGGAUGCCAAUGAAACAGCAGGUAGCCCCAGAGCGUCACCACCUUCAUCGCCAGGCUUAUUGUCUCUCAGGUCUUUUAAUUCUGAAAACAAGAGUGAAAAUUCCUCCGAUUUGCAACUUGCUAGAGAUAUAAUUGAACAGGGUAGAGGACGCUCUAAAAGUGCAAGCAGCGGUGAACGUCCGUGGGCUACUCCUGACCCUGAUUCCAGUUUGAUCACCAACGAAAGUGACUUCACCGGCGGUGAAGAAGAUGACGAUGACGACUACACCGAUGACGAUGACUAUGAAGAUGACUACGAGGACGACGAUCUAGACGAGGAUGAUAUCGAUGAACAGGACCUCGACGAAUAUGACGACGAGGAUCUUGACUAUGGCGAUGAUGCUAUCCCUGAGGAUGCAAAG